AUGGCAGACAUCUUAACCCAACUCCAAACCUGUCUUGACCAGCUCGCAACCCAAUUCUACGCUACCCUCGGCUACCUCACCACCUACCACGACAACUCCCCCGCCACCCCUCCCCCAAAUAUCCCGGAUGCCGCUCCGGCCCUCGCCAGAAUCCAAAAGAACUCGACGAACCCGCCUAUCCCAGCGGGGGCUGCUACAGUCGUUGCGUCGCAGCAGGCUUCUCCGCCACCGGCACCGGGUGCUGUUCCGUCAGUAGGAGUUCCAGGGACAGCGACAGGAGGAGGAGCGGAUGAGGGUAUUGUCGAUCCCUCGUUGCCUCCGCGUCCGGAUUCCCCGCGCACGUUUGCGAGUCGGCAGCGGGAACUUGCGCGCGAUCUCGUGAUCAAGGAGCAGCAGAUUGAGUAUUUGAUUUCUGUACUUCCCGGGAUUGGGUCUUCGGAGGCCCAGCAGGAGAAAAGGAUCCGCGAGCUAGAGGGGGAAUUGAGGCUUGUGGAGGAGGAGAGGGAGACGAAAAUAAAAGACUUGCGGAGGUUACGGAGGAGGUUGGAGGAUGUUUUAGGGGCCGUUGAAGUUGGAAUUUAUGGAAGGAGAUAA